AUGUGGCCAAUAUGGAUCCUGUUGCUCUUCGCAGGGCCCGUGUUCCGCCUGAUCAGCAGCAUCUUCUCCUUCGCUCAACACUAUCGCGCUGCGAAGAAGAAGGGAAUACCCAUCUCCGACGAGAUGCGCCAGGAGAAGCUAGCCGAACCAUCCCGUGCGGGCGGCGAGUCCGGGAAAAUGGACGCCGGUCUUGAACUACUGUUUUCACAUACUCAAGUCUCGGUCGAACCGGAAUUGCAGGGCUGGAUCCAAGAGGAGGUGGACCACGUCUACGGCACCUCCGCACUGCAUUCGUCGACCCUCGAGUGUGAGCAGUACUUCUACAGACUCAAGCAUUGCCUGGCGUUCAUGGAGGUCGCGCCGCUACCUGUUGCCAAGGAGUUGUUCUUCCCGUGGUCGCUGGGGGCGCGCAACUGUCCCGGCAAGAAGUUUGCCCAGGUCGAGUUCGUGGCCGUCAUGUCAUACGUGUUGCGAUUGUACAGAGUGGAGGCGAUUCCGCUCAAGGGCGAAAGCCCGGAAGACACCCGAAAACGGAUCUGGGACUGGACACAGGAGAGCAAGGCGUAG